AUGAAUCCUUUCUUUCUUCUGCUGCUUUGCGCUGCCAUCAUCCAUGCUCAACCAGGAAGCCCAACUGCUCCGUUAGAAGUGUUGAGAGAUCUGACGUCGGAAAAAGCACUCAAAGGAUACUCCACAGCCUGUGACAAAGCCUGUGCUGUUAUCGCUGACAGCCUGCCGUCUGCGCUGUAUUACGCAAAGACAGGCAAUUUCCAAUUCUGGGACACCAAGCAAUCAGAUCUCACACCAGUAUGUCGGGUUGAGCCUUCGUCCUCGGAAGAGGUUUCGUUCGUGCUCAAGACCUUGAUUGAUACCAAGUGCCAUUUUGCAGUCAAAAGUGGAGGACACGACCGUACACCUGGUUCAAGCAAUGCAGAUGGCGGCGUCACCAUUGAUCUUGUCAGAAUGAACGAAGUGCAGGUUGCUAAGGACAGAAAGAGCGUCAAGAUUGGUGCUGGCUUGCGUUGGGGGGACCUUUACAUAGCCUUGGAAAAAGAAGGCUUGAUGGUAGUUGGGGGAAGAGUAGCAGGAGUAGGUGUGGGGGGACUGACUCUUGGAGGCGGCCUUUCAUUCUUUGUCAACCGCCAUGGAUGCGCCUGUGAUAACGUUCUCUCGUACGAAAUUGUGCUCCCUGACGCUUCUAUUGCAAACGUAACACAUUCUUCCAACCCGGAUCUCUAUCGCUCGCUUCGUGGUGCCGGUGCAUCAAACUUCGGAAUUGUGACAUAUUUUACCAUGGAGAGUUUUGUCCCGCCCAAUCCGGCCGGGAUAUGGGGGGGCCAGAAGGUUUUUCCAUGGGAAAAGCUUUCCCAGUAUCUCCAGCUGAACUACAAUUUCACCACGAAUUCUAUGGAGCUUGACCCUGAUGUUGCCGCGUGGAACAGUUUCGCGUACAUCCAAGCAUACGAUUCAUGGUUUGGUGGAGCACAAAUGCGCCAUAUAACCCAUACCAAUGCAUCUACCUGGCCUGAGGCUUUUCAGCCCUAUCAAGAACUAGAAGGCGUCCCGCAAGCCAUUAGCAUAGACAUCAAGCCUGUCUCCAACAUCACCCUCGAAAUAGACGAAUUGGUACCAAGUGGUUAUAGAAACAUCUACGGUACAUUCACCUACCGCCCUUCCGUCGAGUUGGAAGCUAAGGUCUUGAACAUAUUCCGGGAAGAAGCAAGCCCGGUCAAGAACAUGACUGGUUUCGUCCCAGCAGUCACCAUCCAACCCAUCUCGUAUGCAGCCAUCGAAAAGAUGAAGAAACGUGGAGGCAACGCGCUUGGCCUGGCAGACAACGCUAAUGAGGGACCUCUCAUGAUCAUCAACACGAGUUGGGUAUGGAAGGACGCAUCUGAUGAUGAGCGCAGCUACGCAGCUUAUCACCGCUUCAUGGAAAAGGCAGAAGCGACGGCCAAGGAGAUGGGUGUUUGGCAUCCGUACAAGUAUAUCAACUAUGCCGAGACGACACAAGAUGUCUGGUCAGGGGUUGGAGGGGACAAUCUUAGAGAGCUGAGAAGAAUGCAGAGAAUCGUGGAUCCCGAGGGAGUAUUUACUAAAGGUGGGUUGGCAAGCGGGUAUUUCAAGCUGAAUGAGCUGCCUGAAGGGGGAAAGAGAACGAAGGAGGAGUGCGGUGGGGUGGGUGAUAGGUGGGAGACCGACCUAUGA